GCCCCUCCCACUUUUAACCGUCUUUUUUUAUUUCGCUGCAAAGGAAUCCAUCUGCCCAGAUCAGUCAGUCAGGAGGUGCAGGAGGAUUCGCAGAUGUGGGUGUGUGGGUCCGCAGGUGGCUAAGCGACUCUCUCUUGGCAAAAACAACCAACAGUCUAUCCCGCCUUUCAAGAAGUCCUGAAGUGUCAAUAGCUUCUCCCGCCGGCUGCUUUCAAUGGUCACCCGCUGGGAUGCGCGUCACCCUCUAGAGCUCAUUUCUGAGCCGGCAUCCGCGCGCCCUCUCUCUGUCAUCAACGCUGGCUCUCUAGCCCUCUCCUGGCACGCGCGCUUCCGUUGGCUUCAGACCUGGUACCCGAGGCUACAGUGCAAAGGAGAUUGUGUGUGUGUGUGUGGCGGGAGUGGGGACGAAACACCCCCGACAGACGGACGGUAGCUCUUCUAGACCCCGCAGGGAGUGGGACCCUGGCAUGCAAGGCCUCACAGAAUCCUCUCGCCCUGCGGAGUCCUCUGUGAUUGGAGGAAGAGCGGUGGCUGUUGGCUGAGCAGGUACCUAUUACACCAUUGCUUGGCAAGGGCUACUCAGCACUGCUUACCUCUUCCAGUGUAACACUCUACAGAUUGUUAUCUCUGGAUUCCGAGCUGACACACCGCUGGAGGCAAAAGCUACGAGGCCAGCUAGAACUGUGCCUUUUCUCUUUUCAAGAUUUUUUUCUUACAUAGCAAAAAGGAAGAAAAAAAAAAGAUGAAGCUGGGCAAAGUAGAGUUGUGCCAUUUUCUACAGCUUGUAGGUCUCUUCCUAUGUUUCUCUGGGACGAGUCAAGCUGAGCAGCCAAGGUCCAGGUCCGAGCUGUAUUUUCAGUCAGGGAGGUCCCGAACGAAGCGCAGCUGGGUCUGGAACCAGUUCUUCGUGCUGGAAGAAUACAUGGGCUCUGAUCCCCUCUAUGUAGGCAAGCUUCACUCUGAUGUUGAUAAAGGAGAUGGUUCCAUCAAAUACAUCUUGUCAGGUGAAGGGGCAAGUUCCAUUUUCAUCAUUGAUGAGAACACUGGGGAUAUCCAUGCCACCAAGAGACUAGACCGGGAGGAGCAGGCCUAUUAUACACUCAGAGCCCAAGCAUUGGACAGACUCACCAACAAGCCUGUGGAACCAGAAUCUGAAUUUGUUAUCAAAAUUCAGGAUAUCAAUGACAAUGAACCCAAAUUUCUUGAUGGUCCAUACACAGCAGGAGUUCCAGAAAUGUCUCCGGUGGGAACUUCAGUGGUACAAGUGACAGCCACAGAUGCUGAUGAUCCUACCUAUGGCAAUAGUGCUCGGGUGGUCUACAGUAUUCUACAAGGACAGCCAUACUUUUCAGUGGAACCAAAAACUGGAGUCAUCAAAACUGCCCUUCCAAACAUGGAUAGAGAGGCUAAAGACCAGUAUUUGCUUGUCAUUCAGGCAAAGGAUAUGGUUGGUCAAAAUGGCGGACUGUCUGGAACCACUUCAGUCACUGUGACCCUAACUGAUGUCAAUGAUAACCCACCACGCUUUCCACGAAGAUCUUACCAGUACAAUGUUCCAGAAUCUUUGCCUGUGGCAUCAGUUGUAGCCAGAAUUAAAGCUAUUGAUGCAGAUAUAGGUGUUAAUGCAGAAAUGGAAUACAAAAUAGUGGAUGGUGAUGGGUUGGAGAUUUUCAAGAUAUCUGCUGACAAAGACACACAGGAAGGAAUCAUUACAAUACGAAAGGAACUCGAUUUUGAAGCCAAAACAAGUUAUACACUGCGCAUAGAAGCUGCAAAUCGUGAUACUGAUCCCCGGUUUCUAAGUUUGGGUCCAUUCAGUGACGCAACUACUGUAAAGAUAAUUGUAGAAGAUGUGGAUGAGCCCCCUGUGUUUUCUUCACCCUUGUACCCCAUGGAGGUAUCAGAAGCUACACAAGUGGGAAAUAUCAUUGGCACUGUAGCAGCGCAUGACCCUGAUUCUUCCAAUAGCCCUGUGAGAUAUUCAAUUGACAGAAACACAGACUUGGAGAGAUAUUUCAAUAUUGAUGCCAACAGUGGAGUUAUCACUACUGCAAAAUUAUUGGAUCGAGAGACAAAUGCUGUUCAUAACAUUACAGUACUUGCAAUGGAGAACCAGAAUCCAACUCAGGUUGGGAGAGGCUAUGUAGCCAUCACUAUACUGGACAUUAAUGACAAUGCCCCUGAGUUUGCCAUGGAUUAUGAAACCACUGUCUGUGAAAAUGCUCAGCCUGGGCAGGUUAUCCAGAAAAUAAGUGCUGUAGACAAAGAUGAACCAUCUGACGGACACCAGUUUUACUUCAGCUUAACAACAGAUACAACAAAUAACCACAACUUUUCUUUGAAAGAUAACAAAGACAACACAGCCUCAAUACUUACCAGGAGAAAUGGUUUUCGCAGGCAGGAACAAUCAGUUUACUAUCUGCCAAUUUUCAUUGUGGACAGUGGAUCUCCUUCACUAAGUAGUACCAAUACCCUUACCAUUCGUGUCUGUGACUGUGAUGCCGAUGGUACAGCACAAACCUGCAAUGCAGAAGCUUAUGUUCUACCCGCUGGCCUCAGCACUGGGGCCCUGAUAGCAAUACUGGCCUGUGUCUUGACACUAUUCGUGCUGAUCCUUCUCAUCGUCACUAUGAGAAGACGGAAAAAAGAGUCUCUCAUUUUUGACGAAGAAAGGGAUAUUAGAGAAAACAUCGUCAGAUAUGAUGAUGAAGGUGGGGGAGAAGAAGAUACUGAAGCCUUUGACAUGGCGGCGCUGAGAAACCUCAACGUCAUACGAGACACCAAAACCCGCAGAGAUGUGACUCCUGAAAUUCAGUUUUUGAGUCGACCGAAUUUAAAAAGCAUUCCAGAUAAUGUCAUUUUUCGGGAAUUUAUUUGGGAAAGACUGAAAGAAGCUGACGUGGAUCCAGGAGCUCCUCCGUAUGACUCUCUGCAGACCUAUGCAUUUGAAGGAAAUGGCUCGAUUGCUGAAUCUCUCAGUUCUUUAGAUUCUGUCAGCUCAAACUCUGAUCAGAAUUAUGACUACCUAAGUGACUGGGGGCCUCGCUUUAAACGACUGGCUGAUAUGUAUGGAAAUGGCCAAGAGAAUUUGUACUCAUAGCCUUGGACAGUAAAUUUGAAAUGUACUGAACAAAAAGGCAGCAGAAAAAUAAAGAAAUAAGUUUAAAAGGGAAAGAAAAGGUCGAAGUAUUACAUAUAGGAAGCAAGAACAUUCACUUGUUGGACAAAAGAAGUUGUAAAUAUGUCUUCAAUUUUAUCAACUAAGGUUUCUGACUUGGUGAACCCUUCACUAGAUUAUCAAAAGGAUUUCACUGAUCACAAACUCUGGGAAUUUGAAGUUAUUUAUUAUUAUUAUUAUUUGAUAAAAAGAAUUAUUCAAUGUUUUGUGAAUAGAUAGCAACUCUCAUACUUGCAAAGGCACCUGUCUUGCCAGCUAUGUCCUGUGUUAUCAGUAAACCAAUGCUGCCCUGCACAUACAUUUAUGGUACUCUCUCAAAAGAAUAGAGCAUGGUGUGCCAUCAAAAAAUACUCCAACUUCUUGCUCAUCAAAACUUUGGAGAAUUUUAUUCCUACUGAAGCUUUUAGACUUAUUAUAUGAUAGAGUUCAAAAGAAUUUUAAUGUUGUUUGUGAGCAGAAAUAUUUUAUUUCAUUUAGCAAUGUUAAAAUCCUCAUAAUAACUUUCCUAAGUGAAAUCCUCAAUAAAAGCCAACAGAAUUUUAUUUAAGGCAACACAAAUCACUGCUUGCCAAUAAAUUAUAAGAAGUGCUCCCAACAAGGGAAAGAUAAAUAAUUCUUGAAUUUUCAAGUGGAUUUGAAUUGCUCAUGUAGGUAUGAUUUUAAACAAUAGUUGCUAUCUGUUCUUUAAUUUUUAUUUUCUCUUCUGAUUUGUACAGGAGAAUAUAUUUUUAACUUGACACAUAGUGUUGUGUUUAUUUAUGAGUGCUAACCUCCAAUCUGUUCAGGUUCAUCUUACUGUUUCAUGAGAUUAAAUUCAUCAGCACAGGAAGGAAAUGAAGCAUGGAAAUGGAGAAAUAACUGCACAACAAUUGAUUCUCAUUGCCACUCAAAUCUCAAAGAAAAACAUUGCUCCAAGGAUGUACAAAUUUUUCUUCUGAGUCAUUGGAAUAUACAAAACUGGGAGAAUAAAAUAUUUGUAUUUCAGGAAGCCUUUUGAGAGAGUUGAGAUUUUCUUUGUUGCAGGAAUUAUUUUCCAAAAUCAUGAUUCUAUAUGCUCCAAAAACUUUUCAAAGAUCUGUUUCCCAGCUUUUUUUUGUUGUAACACUUGACUAAAAUAUUGAGAUUGAGAUUUUGAAUAUAUUUAAAAAUGUAUGACACUAUAGAUCUUCAACCCAUUGUGUAAUUUAUGGUUUAGAUGUGCCAAAGGGAGGGUAGAAAUUUCAAGUAAUCAUAUGAAGUAUAUGUAUUAGAAUUAGGUGACUUUUAAAAAUAAUAGUAUUUCUACUUAUUUUUCCUAAAUUAAUACUAGUUUAUUGUGCAUAUAAUCAAGUAAUAAUGAGUUUUUUUCCUUACUUUCUUCUUUCAAAAUUAAUUCAUUUUGUGUUGUGAGAAAACCUACAGUUGAACACUGUAUAUGAAUUGCAUUCUAAAAAUCAUCCUUCUGAUAAGCAGAAUUUAGAACUGAAAUAUUAUGUUGAUUAAGUGAGGAAAAGUUAUGUAGGAUGCUGUAACUUGCAGUCCAUCAUUAGAAAUGUAGUAUGUGAAAGAGGCCUUCAACUUCAUAUUAUCAGUAAUUCAAUAAAUUUGAUUGUAUCCAAACAGA